UGUAUGGACUGGAGUAUCUGGUGGAGAAAAACAGCCCAUGUCCCUGUGAUCCGGAAUGGAAUGCUAUCCAUUCGAAUCUUGCUUUUAUUGUACCCACAGUCGUCCUCCUUCUCAUCAGUAUGAUGGUGGUACCCCGUUCGCGGCGAAUGUUUAAGUGUGGAACGUGCAGACCAUGUCCCGAGUGUGGAAGGUGCAGUGGAUGUUCCCAGUGUUGUACGCGCAGUGAAUGUCCCGAGUCUGGUUCACGGUUCCCAAGUUGCUGCAACAGCUGCAGAAAAUGUUGUUUUGAAUUGAACACACUGAUGCAAAUAUCGAUCCCAUCUAUCAUAUGGGUUGUUAUUUUACUGCUGGAUGGGGACUAUGUCGCCUGUUACCAAGCCCCUUCAGUCAACCGGACGCACGGCCAUCAGAAAUGCGAACAGUUUUGCAACCUCGAGACUUCGCCUUCUCUGCGCUACUAUUGCUUCAGGUCCCGGAUAAUUGGCAGCAUUAUACUCGGUGUAUCUGUGUUCUUACUGGUAUUACUAAAAUUCUUUCCGAGGUGGACUUAUUGUGACUAUACUGAGGAGGGAUAUUACAAGUUCAAGUAUCUACAAUCGUUGGAAAAGAAGAAAUGGAAGAAGAUAAAGAAAGAGUUGGGGAAUAUGGUGGCAAAGACGGCAAAUGUGGAGGCCAAAGAGCUAAUUUCAAAUCUGAGCCACUACAUAACUGAUCAGGGUGAACAGAACCCUAACCACGGCGCACACAGCUCUAACGAAGGUGCACAGAGCUCUAGCCAGGGUGAUCCGAACUCUAGCCAGGAUGAUCAAGAGUUGCAAGCACUGAUAACGCCGGCCAGUGACAGUUCAGCAUAACCAACUGUAGGAGCCGUGUUUUCUGAGCUGCACGUUAAUUAUUUUUAUCAUAAAAUGUAGUGGUGGUAAAAGCAAAUGGAAUAAGUAUCAUACUGUUGCUUAUUUCUUUGUAGGUUAUAGCUUGGAAACGCAGUGUUCAUGUUUUUGCUGACUGAUUAAUAUCACUUAAUAUUGCUUCGAUAUUGUAUGUUUUCUAAUUAUUAAU